UCGUAUCACCUUCACAUAUAUAAACCCCUCUUUCUCAAUUUCAACUUUCACCUUUCUUUUGCUCCGCGUCCUUUCUUCUCGUCGCGGGGUGCAUCGAUCGUGAUCAAUCUUCUCUACUCUCUCUUUGAUCUUGUUCCUGUCUCUAUUCUCAACAUGGCUGCCAAUAGAUGGAUUAGACCUGAGGUAUUCCCACUUUUUGCCACUGUUGGCAUCGCUGUUGGGAUCUGCGGGAUGCAACUUGUUAGGAAUAUAAGCACCAAUCCAGAAGUCAGGGUAACCAAACAGAAUAGAGCUGCAGGAAUUCUUGACAAUUUCGAAGAGGGUGAGAAAUAUUCACAGCACUUCGUGAGGAAGUUUGUCCGCGGCAAGGACACUCAGAUUAUGCCAUCCAUCAACAAAUUCUUCUCUGAUCCAAACUAAAUUGAAUGCCCAACUUUCUGCUAUAAAAAAUUGAUUCCCGGGAUUCAUUUUUAGCUUUCAAGUAAUUGUGAUUUGAGAAUUAGGACAAAGGAAUUUGACAUUUCAGAUAAAAGAUACAUACAUGAUGGUUGUGUAAAUCAUUGAUGGAUGACAUUCAAUGUCUUGAAUAAAGUUUUAUACUUUUCAUUUAGAAA